AUGGAAGAGGAUGAUGAUCUUCCGCUAAUACAGAACUCAAAGCCAAUUUUGAAUCAGAAUUAUAGAGAGCUGGUGCUCGAUUGUUUUAAUCGUGCUCAUAGCGAUAUGGCGCUUCGGAUAGUGGUGAGAGCUGGACAGCACCGGAAGGAUAUUAAACGAUGGGUUGCGUCGAGUACAGAAGAGAUCAACGCAAAUUUCCGAGACGUUUUAACUGAUUUUCUAAAGACUGUAAUGCAAAAUAUUGAUUCUACAGAAACGAUACAUAAAUUAUGCACAGACUACGGUAUUUCUCACGUGCCAAUGCGAAAAAUUGGAUUUAAGCCGGAUUUCUUUGCUGGCCUGGCCGACGCUAUCAUUUCCGAAUUUGUUUUCCUCGGCACCGAAGUGGUUAGCCAAUAUCCGGCCAAUUGUUAUCGGGCUUGGACGCGUCUUAUUGGAUUUAUGUUUACUUCUGUGCGAGAUGGAUAUUACGUUGAGCUACGCCGGGUCCGGAAGCAAAAGGCGUUAAUUGGGAACUACGUGCGCCCAUCGAUUUCGUUUGAAUCGAGCAGUUCCUCAGCUUACAACGAAGACUCCGGCAUCCAUUCACAUGAGACCUCUUUCGCCACUCUACACCAACUCCCGGCACCAUCCCCAUCCCCUGUUUCUGCCCCUCGAAAAAGCAGCGCCCCAGUACUUGGACGUCAAAAAAGCAUCUCCACAAAUUUCAUGUUCCUACGCGGCGGAAACCGAGCGAACCAAAGAGCCGAGCUAGCCCGAAAAGCCUAUUCAGGCACGAGAAGCCAGACAGCCAUUACACAUGCCUCUUCAUCGGAUUAUUUGGAUAACAAGCGCACGGGCUUUUAUCGUACCACGCAUAAUUCUCAUGACUUGACGGUGCCGCCAAAACCGCCGGUCCGAGGUCGAUUCCAGAAAAACGCAUCAACGGACUCCGAAUCAAAAUGGAGGCGUUUUGAAGAAUUGUCUAGACGAAGUACCGCACAGACAGCUAUGGCGCGCCAUCGAAGCACAUCAACAAGUUCAAUAUUCUACCCAAACAGCGUCAUCGACCGCUUUAUGAACGACCAAUUG